GGCGUCGUUCUCUCGCCCAUCGCAGCUGCCAGCGCAUCCCCCAAGUUUAUUCUCGCACCAGCUCGGAGCUCGUCCCGCUAUCGUCGGCCGAUGAAUUACGGUGGUCGUGCGACGCCGCAGACGCCGCGGUCAUCGGGUCGCCGUCGCUGUCCGUCAUCCCCAUCGCCCGUCAUCAGAAGACACGACAGCUGCGGUGCUGGCGACGCCCUGACUCGGGGAAAACAAACACGCCACAACUUUGAAGUUCUGGGAAAUAUCGGGGCGAAGAUGAUUGGGACUUGCUUUGGUUGAGACCUCCACCUUCUCUGCGUGUUUUAUAUCGAAGAGGCGACUCGAGAUCUUCUGCCGCGCAAGGCGUAACACCUUCCUCACCUGAGCCUUCUCGACAACAUCGACGGUCCCUGUACGAUGGCCUCUAACUUGCUUUGCGCUCUAAGUUUCGUCGCUAUGACCUCCUUCAAGCUUGUGCUCGCAGACUCAAACGGCAUGGACAUGUCCAUGGACGGCGCUAUGGAUCUUUCCUCAGGCAAUAUGCUCUCUUAUCUGCACUUCACACCUGGAGACACACUCUGGUUCCUGGGAUGGGUUCCGAGUAGUAAAGGGGCGAUGGUAGGUGUGUGCAUAGGGUUGUUUUUGUUGGCGUUGGUAGAGAGGUGGUUGGCAGCGGUGAGAGGGGUCAUGGAGGUUCAUUGGGCUGUUAGAGCACAAAUCGAACUCUCAAACCGACUGAACGUCAGAGCCGGUCUGCCUACUCCCGGAACGAACACCGAUGAGAAGAUCACGUCUCAGCGAUCGUCUUCUCUUCUCGGUCUGCCACGGCGAGGUGCUAUGCCACCGUUCAUACCGGCGCAUGAUAUCUCAAGGGGGGUUCUACACGUCGGACAGACGGCACUCAGCUUCUUGUUCAUGUUGGCUGUGAUGACCUUCCAAGCGAGUUUCAUCAUCUCCAUCAUCAUCGGUCUCGGCGUCGGGGAGACGCUGUUCGGAAGAUAUCUGCACCCUGUGCAUUAAAUCAAGUUGCGCACUGAGCCACCCUCGCUCAGAUGCCUGUUUCUACCUUUAUGUCGCCUACGUCGUCUCAUGUCUUCCGUAUCGAGUGCUUGUUCGAGCGCUCUUGUUAAUGAAUCUCGUUUCAUUCUCUCAUUUCGCGAGGCUCGAAGGCUGGAUGGGAAGUAAGAACAGGAAGGAGCGGGAGGGUGGGAAGACGAGGUCGGGCAGUUUGUGCCUGUUUCAGGAAGGUCAGUUCGGUGGUCGUGAGGUUGCGAGAUGGUGAUGGAGGGAAGUGAACUUGCUAUAUGGUGACAGUAGGUCUUAUUCUUUCCGCUCUCGAUCGCUCUUGUUAUCGUUUGCGUUGCGGUGGCGCCCUCUGUAAUACGCGAUUUCUUUUCCGGCUAGGGACGAUAGUUGUCUGAGGUUCCGGUUCGUACCUGGAUUGGGACCAACCAGCCUGUGAUUUGCUCCUGAGACGUUAGAGGGGAAGGCCUGGAUGUGGAGUGCUGCAGCACUUCCCCAUUUCGUGUUUUCUGGCCUGGGACACGGCGUCGUCAGCGGUGUUGUCGCAAUUGCACAGGCUAGACAGGAAUAGGAUGGUUAAUCAUGGUCAGAGGGAGGAUGACCUUAUUCGCUGACAUGUGCGAGGGCACUGCUCGUUGGUGCAGCGGUGACGAAUGAAUGGAUUUCUGGGCCUCGAUCCAGACAUUGUGGGUGUGUCCAUGGGUUAUUUCGAGGCCUGUCACAGCCUGCU